AUGGAGCCGGAGAGCCAGAUAGCGGUAACUUCGUGUAGCCCAUCACCAGUCAAAAAGAUUGACAAGAUUGAUAAGAUUGAUGAUGGCUCUACGACAGAAAAUAUAUUAUUAGUCCAAUUAAAAUUGAUUGAAAUUAAAGAACCUUUGGCAAAAUCGAGUAAUUACGAUUGGCGUGAAAGUGGAAAUGACCCGAAUCUUGCUAAGUUCAACAGUAUGUUCUUAAUAACCAUCAAUGAAGAAAAUUUGAACAGAGACAAGAAUUGUACCGGCAAAUGCGAUUCACUCGAUGAUAGUGGAAGAGCAAGUGCUCGUUCUUUAAACGACUCGAACCAAUGUGCUGGUGAUCUUAUAAACUGCUGGUUUCAUAGUGUAAGUUAAAA